GGGGAUCUAAAAAUGACUUGCCAGGGAAGAACAAAAUCAAAUCAGACUGCGCAAUUAUGGUGUUGAGCGCCAAAACCCCCCCGAAAAGCUGUCCUUACGCUUUUUUAUUUAUUUUCUUUAUUGGGCAAACUUCUCACUGUUCAUGUCCUUUUCAUUCCUCCUCUCGCCUUCUGCGUAUCAAUAUAAAUAUAUGCACAUCACGCAAUUACAGUCGCUUGAGUCGUCACCACUGGAGAGGUCGUGAGCGGAUUCGUUCUGUUUGAAAUGGAAGCGCCAGGGAUUACCACAUCAAAAUACCAUGACGAGGAGAAGGCGCUGAGCAUUUUGCUCGAUGCAUUUGGUUCGAUAUUUUCUCUUGAGGAAAUAGCGACUGCUUAUUGUAAGGCAGAUCGGAAUGCAGAUAUGGCUGGUGAUAUUUUGUAUGAAAUGCAAGGAUGCACAUCUACCUCUACUUCAGAGGCAUUUUAUGCAGAGAGCAAGACUUCAGAAUCUUCAGAAUCAUCCGAUGGUAAUGAUUGUCAGAAUCCAUGCCAAGCAACUCAGAAAUCCAAAGCGUCAAAGCUGAAAUGGCGUCCAGCCUUGGGAGGUACUGUUUCGAGCAUCAUUGGAAAAGAUUAUCUCAAAACGGCACCUUCAUCCAACAUUUCUUGUAUGGCGACCAAACCAACAAAAUUAAACUCAAAGGAGUUCCAAAUGUCUGAGAUGUGGGUGGAAAAAGGAGAACCAAGUUCAGCGAAGGAUGAUCGUACCCACAAGGAUAUGGAAAAUUUUCUAUUCAAAAUGCUAGGGGGCACAUUCCGGCUGGACAUGAAUGAGAUUCGACAAGUUCUUGAUAGUUGUGGCUAUGACAUGCCAAAGAGCAUGGAGAAGCUACUUGAUCAGUCAACAGCAGCUUUGAAUGGAAGGAACAAACUUGCUGCUGGAUCAAUUGAAAAGCAAAAUUUGGAGAAAAUGAAAUCCCCUGCAGGGAAUGGACAUGAAAUUUCAAAUUCAAAUGAAGGAGCAUUUGAUAGACAACAGAAGCAGAGAGAUGAUCUCCAGAAGGAGGUUUGGGCAGCUUUAUUCAAUGCUAGUGGGAUAUCUCAGGAGUUGCCUAAAAGAACUGAAAGAGCUGUGCAGAGGUCUAAGGCCUUUGGAGCAACAGUGGUUGAACCUCCUACUGAAUUCACUGCAGAACGUGAGAUAGAUGUGGCUGAUGUGGGUUGGUUGUAUGCACAGCAGAAUAUCAUUGAUGAUGAAGAUGCAGAGGGUGGCUACCAUGCUCUACGUAGAGCUGUGAGAGAAUAUCGGGUCACAAUGAAAGAAUACUACAAAGCUGCUGUUGAAGCAUUUGCUCAUGGGGAUCAUGCCCUUGCAAACAAAUUUUUAGAUCAGGGGAAUUUUUUCAAUGAAAAGGCUAAGCAAGCAGAUGAAGAAUCCAGUCAAAAGAUUUUCGAAAUAAAUGGGAGUAAUGCUGAUACGCAAGAUGAGAUGUUGCUUGACUUGCACGAGUGUGGUGUGAGGGAAGCCAGGCGCCUUUUGAAGCUUCAUCUCUCAUCAGUUGCGGGCAUCUCAUCAAUCAAGUACCUCAAGGUUAUCACUGAGACGAAUGAACAAGCUAUGUCGAAGGGGUCUCGCAUCCGAAUGGGUAUACAAAAGCUAUUGGAACUGGAAUCCAUUGAAUGGACUGAAGUUGACACUGGAAGUAUUCGAAUUCGUAUCGAUAACAUCAACCCUAAAGGUUUGAGCUUUGCCAAAAAGUAGUAUGCAAAACGGAAUCAAGCAUUUUGAAGAAGACACUGCAAGUAAUAAAUUUUGAAAUGGUUUGCAAUUUUUGUCGACUGAAGCUCUUUUAGCUUUGGUUCCUUUUUUUUUUUUCCAUACCUCGAUUGGAGGUAUUGGUUAAAAGAAAUAGGUUCGGUAUUUCUAUAAGCCGAAUGGCUCAUUGAAACUUUUCUAUGAAAUAAACUGUACCAUAAAGGUAUAGUGUAAUGUACUUCAUUAUCCAUUGCAGAAUUGCUUGCAAUUCUAUGAUUGUCUGAGAAAUUUUGUUUAUGACCUAAUCUCUAAUAGGUGAGAGCAAAUUUUGUGAAUUGCUUGGAGAUUCAAACUUUAUCCAUUUCUACA